GGAUCAUUUGAACUGGUUAUGAGUAAUUCAUUAGACUAUACAUCUAAGACAAUCUUAUUUUACAUAACCUUUUCACUUCAUUGUUGCCUUAUAAGGUGAAGAUAAGGUUGAUGGUUUGGAAAUGCUGCAGGAUUUUACAUGACGCCAAAGCUUCUGUAGAAAUGGAGCCAAAACUUGCCACUUGAAGUUGACACAGCAAUCCUCCAAAAGCCGCCAUUAGAGACUCGUAUCCACCGACUUAUAAACUUCAUCCCGAUAACAGCUACAAUGGCAGAACACCAAAAACGCUCUCAUGGACAUGGAACUGAAGCAGAUGGUUCGAGUCAUGAGAUGGUUUUGAGAACAUUUGAUCGAAAUGGGGUUGCGAAAAACUCAUCGAAAGAUGGUUCCACGUCGAGUGUGAAAGCUUGUGAAGUUGAAAAGAUCGGUAGAAGAUUGAGCAUUCUUGAAGAAGAUACAAGAGCUAUGAAGAAAGCUUUGUUCGACAGUUUGGAGGAAAGGAGAAAUCUUGUGUAUGAGAUAAACCAGCAAUUUCAGAUCAUAAACAAAAGCCAUGCGUUAUAUAACGAGGUAGCUGCUGCUUUGAUGGCUUCUCUUGAAGAUCAUGAUGAGACACUCCAUUCCCCUAAGGAAUGGAGAGGUGGUGUUGGCCUAUCAGAAAUCUUUCACCGCCAAGCAAAUAUAUCUCUUGUCUUCAAACAUUUCAAACCAAAUUUGUUGGCUUUCACAAAUUCUACCAAAUCUCUGCAUCUUAUGAGAGAAAAUUGAUCUCUUUUUUCUUAAAUACAUGUAAAUAAAUAGGAGAGACUUGAAUUUAAUUUGACUGUUUGAUUUUUUGGUCGAGAAUAUAUGUUCAAUCAUUGAAUUAUAUUUAUAUUUAGGUUGGCCUCAUCACUAUAGUGUGAUUGAUCGAUUCCAUCAUCCAUCUUUGAUGUUUGACAUUCCAUCGUGAGUAAAAGUAUUUUAUUUUAAAAAA